AGUCGGGUUGCGGCCGAGGCCGGUCCUGGCUUUGUAGCUCGCUCAAGAUGGCGACGCAGCCACCCAGCGGGAUCCGCCUCAGCGCGCUUUGCCCGAAGUUUUUACAUACAAAUUCUACUAGUCACACUUGGCCCUUCAGUGCAGUUGCUGAAUUAAUAGAUAAUGCUUACGAUCCCGAUGUGAACGCUAAACAGAUAUGGAUUGACAAAACGGUGAUAAAUGACCAUAUAUGCUUGACAUUCACUGAUAAUGGGAAUGGUAUGACUUCAGAUAAAUUACACAAAAUGCUAAGCUUUGGCUUCAGUGACAAAGUCACCAUGAAUGGUCACGUCCCAGUUGGCUUGUAUGGGAAUGGCUUCAAGUCAGGUUCUAUGCGUUUGGGUAAAGAUGCAAUUGUAUUUACCAAAAACGGAGAAAGCAUGAGUGUGGGCUUCUUGUCUCAGACCUACUUGGAAGUCAUAAAAGCAGAACAUGUUGUUGUCCCAAUUGUGGCAUUCAACAAACACCGACAGAUGAUAAAUUUAGCAGAAUCCAAAGCAAGCCUUGCAGCAAUUCUGGAACAUUCUCUGUUUUCUACGGAACAGAAAUUACUGGCAGAACUUGAUGCUAUUAUGGGUAAGAAGGGGACAAGGAUCAUCAUUUGGAACCUUAGAAGCUACAAAAGCGCAACAGAGUUUGAUUUUGAUAAGGAUAAAUAUGACAUCCGAAUUCCUGAAGAUUUGGAUGAGACAACAGGGAAGAAGGGGUACAAGAAACAAGAAAGGAUGGACCAAAUUGCCCCUGAGAGUGACUAUUCCCUGAGGGCUUACUGCAGUAUAUUGUAUCUAAAGCCAAGAAUGCAGAUAAUAUUACGUGGACAGAAGGUGAAGACACAGCUGGUUUCAAAGAGUCUUGCCUACAUUGAACGUGAUGUUUAUCGACCCAAGUUUUUAACUAAAACAGUGAGAAUUACAUUUGGAUUCAACUGCAGAAAUAAAGACCAUUAUGGGAUAAUGAUGUAUCACAGAAAUAGACUCAUCAAAGCUUAUGAAAAAGUUGGAUGUCAGUUAAGGGCAAACAACAUGGGUGUUGGAGUGGUGGGAAUUAUAGAGUGUAAUUUCCUAAAGCCAACUCAUAAUAAACAAGAUUUUGACUAUACUAAUGAGUACAGGCUGACAAUAGCAGCACUAGGAGAAAAGCUGAAUGAUUACUGGAAUGAAAUGAAAGUCAAGAAAAAUUCAGAAUAUCCUCUAAAUUUGCCAGUUGAAGAUAUUCAGAAACGUCCUGAUCAGACAUGGGUUCAAUGUGAUUCCUGUCUAAAGUGGCGAAAAUUACCAGAUGGAAUAGAUCAACUUCCAGAAAAAUGGUAUUGCUCCAAUAACCCUGACCCACAGUUCAGAAAUUGUGAUGUUCCAGAAGAACCCGAAGAUGAAGAUGUGGUGCAUCCUACUUAUGAAAAAACCUACAAAAAGAAAGACAAGGACAAAUUCCGGAUCCGACAACCAGAAAUGAUCCCUCGGAUUAAUGCUGAACUCUUGUUUCGGACACCCACCGUGUCAAGUCAGAGCUUUUCUCCCGUGAAGGAAAGUGUUCCAAGAGGACAUCUUUCAGAAGUGGCAAAUACAUACGCAACGAGACUUCUAAACAACCAUCGAGGUUCACCCCAGUCGGAACCCGAGAGCAACAACCUGAAACGGAGACUUUCUACUCGUUCGUCAAUUCUGAACUCCAAGACUCGGAGAUUGAGUAAUCAAGCAUUUGAAAAUUCAGCUUAUAAAGAUGAUGACGAUGAAGAUGUCAUCAUCUUGGAAGAAAACAGUACUCCCAAACCUGCAGUAGAUCAUGAUAUUGAAGUGAAAUCAGAACAGAGUCACAUGGAGCACAGUGGCCUGCAGGUGGAGCCUGUGGCCGAGAAGGAGCCUUGUGGCCAGACUAGCUCAUCAGGCGCCUCGUCAUCCCGGUGUGAUCAGGGAACUACCGCGGCCACCCAGACUGAAGUCCCGGGUGUAGUUGUUAAAAAGGAGGAAACCCUUGAAGAUGACAUAGAUGCCAGAAAUGACACGGCCGCGCUGCCCUCCUGUGUGGAAGCUGAAGGCAAAACACAGGACACCCAGGAAGCCUUUGAUAAAUCUGCGGCUGAUGCUGGUUGCCAGUUAAACGAACUGAGAAAUGAGCUGCUUCUAGUGACCCAAGAAAAAGAAAAUUAUAAGAGACAGUGUAAUGCGUUCACUGACCAAAUCAAAGGGUUACAACAGAGGAUACUGGAACUGAACGACAGAUACGUGAAGAAGGAGACGUGCCAUCAGUCUACCGAAACUGAUGCUGUGUUUUUACUUGAGAGUAUUAACGGCAAAUCUGAAAGUCCGGACCACGUGGUGUCUCAGUAUCGGCAAGCUUUGGAAGAAAUAGAAAGGCUGAAGAAACAGUGUAGUGCUCUGCAGCACGUAAAGGCCGAGUGCAAUCAGUGUUCCAACAGUGAGAGCAAAAGUGAAGUGGACGAAAUGGUUGUGCAGCUGGAUGACGUGUUUAGACAGCUGGACAAGUGCACUGCGGAGAGGGACCAGUAUAAAAGUGAGGUUGAAUUAUUGGAAAUGGAAAAAUCACAAAUGCGUUCACAAUGUGAAGAACUGAAAACUGAAAUUGAACAAUUAAAAUCCACAAAUCACCAGUUAGGAGCAGAUGUUUCAACUUCAAGUAACAUUGAGGAGUCUGUAAAUUAUACUGACGGGGAAAGCCUCAAACUUCGAUCUCUUCGAGUUAACGUAGGACAGCUGUUGGCCAUGAUUGUACCUGAUCUCGAUCUUCAGCAAGUGAAUUACGAUGUUGAUGUGGUUGAUGAAAUUUUAGGGCAAGUUGUCGAACAAAUGAGUGAAAUCAGUAGCACCUAAGGUAUAUCUUAUGUGAGAUAAUAAAAAUAUUUGCUUAAUCUUUUUGGUUGUACAGCUUUCAAAAUGUAAACAAUUUUGUUUUAUAGAUAUGAUAGGUAACAGACUGAAGAACCAUAAUCUUUACUGUAUUCUAUGCAUUCAAGUGUGGUCACAAAUACUGUGGACACAUUAUCACACCUUUUGAAAUGCCUGUGAAUCAUUGGUACUGAGCAGCUGAAUAGCUAACUCAAGAUUCGGUUUCGAAAUGUAAAUAUUUGUAAUUAAGUCUGCACAUAUUUUUUUAUUCCCCUAGAGGACUUCAGUGUUUUUCGCCAAGAGCUCUUCAGGUUGCCCCAGCCUUUGUGCAAUCUUUUCUCGUUCCCAAAGUAUUUUUCUCUGAAGCGAGGGCUGUGCCAUACUACAGAUGGAAAUGUUACCUUUGGUUUUCUUACAGAGAAGUUUAAACAGGAUUUUUAAAAAAUGGAAUUAUACUCCUGAUAAGAGAAGUUGUAAGUGAAUUGACCCGUAAUGUUUCUUUUCUAUAAAUUCUUAUCUCCUGAAAUAUUUUAUUCAUGGAAAUAAGGUAAGCAGAAACUCUCCAUCCAUUUUGCCAGGAUUUUCCUUGUGUCAGGACUGCCAAUCAUGGUUAAAUGCAGUGUUUUUAUAGAACAAAGAAAUGAUCUUUAGUAUAAAAAAGUAUCAAAAAUAUUAAAUGUCCCACCACAUUUACUUUGAAGCCCAUUUUUGGCUGUCUAGUCAGCAUGGAGUGGGCACAAUAAUUGUUGAAUAUUUCUUUUUGUGAAAUUUCCUGUACAGCCUUAUGUAGGAUUACUACAGGUUAAUGAGAGUUGAGGAAGACAAUCUUUCUCAAACAGAACAGCAUACCUUUCAUUAUAUUACAGACCUAGGUGUUUUAUAUGUCUUGGAGGUAAGCAGAAAACUGCCCUAGGAUUAUAGUAUUACAUGCCAUAAAAAUUAAUGCUUUAUUGGUCCCAUGUUUGUGCAAUUUUAAAGAGAUGGCUUUCUAUUAAGUAUAACUAUGUAUAUAUUAAUUAAGAAUCGUAUUUUCCACAACGGAAAUGUGCAUUAUUUUUUUUCAAAGUUUUAUCAUUGCUAUUUAUUUUUACUUUUGUUUCUGAACAUUCAAUACAUGUUUCUUUUGUAUGUAUGCUUAAUUACAUGUCUUUCAUAUACAAUAUUUUUACUGUACAUUAACUUCUAAAAAAAGCAAAUAAAUGAAAGUUGUUUUUAUUUGCUUGAUAAAGUAAUUGAAAGUGUAUUUUUGGUAUGAAGCUGGUUUUCUGUCCUAAUUGUAUCUGCCCAAAUUUUAAAAUAUCUUGUAAUAAAGUAAAUAUAUAUAUAUAUGAUAGCUAACUCUUCAGAUACUACUUUUAAAGAAUUCUAUAUUCAAAUUAUAUUUUGGAAACUAAAACUGCUCAUUGAAGACCCUCAAGUUGAGCUCAUUUUACUAUAUUAAUUACAAGUUCUGUUUAGGAGACUAAGACUGUUUCCAUUAAGACUCUAAAGACUGAGCUCAUCUUGAGAGAAUGCGUGAGUGCGUGCGUGUGUAUGUGUAUUUUACACUCGAGAAGAGACUUUUUCCUCUGUAAAUCAUUUAGGCUAAAGAAAUCUUGCUUAAGUGAUAGCAAUGUAGAGCAUGUCUAAGUUUGUGAAUAUUUAUGUAGCAGUUCUUUCUGGAAUUUGCUAUUUUCCCCUUCUUUGGGUCAGCUAUAUUCUUGCAAAAAUAUAUAUUUUAUAUGGCUGUUAUCUUGCUUAAUGGGAAAGUUAGGCAUAGGAUUAGUAAAUUUGCUUGCUAAAUUGGUUCUUUGGAAGUACUUACAUAUAUUUCACCCUUUAAGCAAAUAUUGCCAGGAUACAAUUCUUUGAAAAUGUAGCUAACAAAAUUUAACAGAACAACAACAUGGGUUUUCAUGUAUAUAUCAUAUUUAGGUAGAGGUAUCUGUCUUCUGUUGUUAAGUUAAAUUUGCAAAAGGCUAAUGUGGGAGGACAGUGGUGUUUAAACUAGUUACUACUGUAAAACAAAAACAGUAUGAGGAAGUAAACCAGCACAGUCCACAAUCCCUAUAAACAGGACCCGCUUUAAUUAGCUAAGUGUUCACGCAGCAGGACUGGUGUGUGGCAUAUCAAUGUAUUUUUUAUUUGGGCCUCAAAUUCCUAAUGUGGGCGGUACUGCUGGUGACUCUGCCCAUGGUCUCAAGACACUUAAUCUUGUAAUCAGCAGCUCGUUAGGUCAUUAUUUGUCACUGAAGAAUAAUUAAAUACAUCUGGUGGUUCUCACCCCCCCCCCCCCCCCCGGCUGCAUAUUAGAAUCACCUGGGGAGUUUUUAGAAAUCCCAGUGCAAGGAUGCACCCCAUACUAAUUCAGAGUCUGGGUUUGGGCCCAGAUAUCAGGUUUGUUUUUUGUGUUUUUUGUUUUUUUAAGGCCUCUCUGUGUGCCGUCAGAACUGAGAACCAUUGAUCUAUACCUUCCUGUGGCGAGUGUUUACAGGUGUUGAACUCAGUUCGUUCCUGCAACAGACUCAGGAUUGGCAGGGCUACUUUCUCACUGGGGCGAGCCAGGAGGGAGAAAAAGAAGCAGAGAUGGCGCCCCAGUUAGAAAUGCAAAUGGAACAGAAUGGGAUCAAGUGGAAAGGCUUCUGCCCACUGCUUCCCCAAAGUUAACCACGGUUGCUUUUGGUAGGUCCUUCCAGAAAAUAUUAGCUGCAUACAUAUACACAUUCAUAUAUAUGCAUUCAGUUUAUAUUAAAUUUUUAUAUCUUUAUAUUUGAUUAUAUAUUUGUAUCUCAAGUUUACACAAAGAUGGUACACCAGAUAAUUGGUAUCUUAACAUUUCCAUGUUACUUUUUUGAACGGGUUUGGUAACAUCCUGUGAUCUGCAUAUGCUCCUAAUGCUCAUUUAUUUCUCAUGUUUUGACAUUACAGAAUAUACUGUGGAAGUUAAUACACACCACACACACUUUUAUAAGUAUACCCAGAGUGUGAAUUCUUUGCAGUGAAUAUUGAUAGGUCAAAGAGUGUAUGCUAUGUAACUUUUAAUAAAUGUUACCAUCCAAAAAGGAAUUUAAACUCCUAUGAAAAAUAAAUGUAUAAGUGUGUUUUUUUCCCUCUCUUUCCUCAUCAAACUUAAAUCUGGUCUGUGAAAAAAAUGACAGCUUGCAUUGUCUCAGGUUGAACAUGCUCUCGUAUGUUUUACUGACCAUUGUAAUUUCUUUUCCUGCGUACUACGGCAUAUUGUUUGACCAUCCUUUUCUGUUGGGCUCUUUGUUUUACCGCUUUUAAAACUUUUUUUUUCAGUGUUGGUUUAUUUUUGAGAGAGAGACCGCACACAUGCAUGGAGGUGGGGGGCAGAGAGAGAGGGUUAAAGAAGUAGUUUUUACAAAAGCUAAAAGCCUGGAUAAUGUGGCCACAGACACCACCCAGACAGCUAACUUUUGGAAAAUCCACAGUAGGCUAAAUCUUAUUUUGUACAGGGUCUCCUAAACCCUCACUGGGGGGAGUGACAGACACACUGGAUGGCCACAGCUCAAAAAGAAUGCCAUUAAUACCCACUUGGUGUAAAGAAAGACAUCUAUGUGUGUGGUGUUUAGAAUUAAAUUUCGUGAUCACAAAGUUAAUUUCCAUAUUCUGGCCUGUAGGGAGAAAGUCAAGACCAAAGGAGACAGAGUAUUGGUAAAUCAAGCCAUUCAGAUAAGGUGAAGGUAUUAAAUGAGCCCAGUCACAGACGAUGAAUGAGCGGUUCUAAAACUGGAAUGUGGAUCAAAAAUACUAACUCGUUAAGGUUUUUUUGGUUUUUUGUUUUUUUUCCUGCAGAAAAAUACACAUACAAUUUGUCAUGUAACGAUUUGUUAAGUGUAUGAGUUGCAUUAAGUACAUUCACUGUACUCCCACCCCCGGUAACACCUAUUUUCUACCUCUGAAUUUGCUUAUUCUAGGUAUCUCAUAUCAGUGGAAUCAAAAAUUUGUCUUUUUGUGUCUGGCUUAUUUCACUUUGCAUAACCUUUUAAAGGUUCAUCCUUGUUGCAUAUAUCUUUUUUUCUUUUUUUUUUUUUUUUUUUUUUAACGUUUACUUAUUUUUGAGACAGAGAGAGACAGAGCAUGAGCGGGGGAGGGUCAGAGAGAGGGAGACACAGAAUCUGAAACAGGCUCCAGGCUCUGAGCUGUCAGCACAGAAUCCGACGCGGGGCUCGAAAUCACAGACCGUGAGAUCAUGACCUGAGCCGAAGUUGGCCGCUUAACCGACUGAGCCACCCAGGCGCCCCACAUAUAUCAAUUUCAUUCCUUUUUAAGGCUGAAUAGUCCAUUGUAUGUGUGUACCACAUUUUGAUACCCAUUUAUCUGUCUAUGGAUAUUUGUGGUGGUUUCUUUCACCUUCUUACUAUGAAGAAUAAUGCUGCUCUGGACAUUGUUUCCUAAGUAUCUACUUGAGUCCUUGCUUUCAGUUCUUUGGGAUAACAUACCUAAGAGUGGAAUUGACGAAUUAUGUGGUAAUUAUGCAGGUGUUUGAGGAAUUGCCAAACUAUCUUCACAAAGACACACCGUUUCACAUAAUAGCCAGCAGUGCAGAAGUGUUCCAAUUUUUUCACAUCCUCUACAACACUGUAGUUUUCUGAGUUUUUUGUUUUUUUAAUUAGCCAUCUAAUGAGGGUGAGGGGUUAUUGUGGUUUUGAUUUGCAUUUCUCUAAUGGCUAGUGAUGUUAAGCUUCUUUUCAUGUGUUUACUGGCCAAUUUGUAUAUUUUUGGAGAAAUACCUGUUCACAUCUUUUGCCCAUUUUUACUUUGGGUUGUUUAUAUUUUGAUAUUGAUUUGCAGGAUAUGAUUUUUUAAAAAAUUCUGGAUAUCACUCCUUACCAGAUAUAUGAUUUGCCAGUAUUUUCUCCCAUUCUAUGGGUUGUCUUUCCACUCUUGAGUUUUUAAUUUUGGUGAAGUUGAAUUUAUUUUCUUGCCUGUGCUUUUGGCAUCAUACCCAAGAAACCCUUGACUAAUCCAAUGUCAUGAAGAUUUUCUUUUGAGAGUUUUAUAGUUUUAGUUCUUACAUUGAAGUCUCUAAUCCAUUUUGAAUUAGUUUUUGCAUAUGGUGUAAGAUUCCAACUUCGUUCUUGUGCAUGUGGGCAUCCAGUUUUUCCAGUAACAUUUUUUGAAGAAGACUAUCUUUUCCCCAUUGAAUAGUCUUCUCAUCUUUGUCAAAAAUCGAUUGACCACAUAAGUGAGGGUUUAUUUCUGGGCCCUGUAUUCCAUUGGUUUGUAUGUCCUUAUGCCAGAACCACAGUAUUUUAAUUACUGUAACUUUCCAGUAAGGUCUGAAGUCAGGAGGUGUGAGUUCUCCAAUUUUGUCCUUACUCAAGAUUGUUUUAGCAAUUCAGGGUCUCUUGAGAUACCACAUGAAUUUUAGGACAGAGUUUUCUAUUUCUGCAAAAAACGCCAUUGGAAUUCUGAUAGGAAUUGCAUUAAAUCUGUGGGUUAUUUGGGGUGGCAUUGACAUCUUAACAAUAUCAAAUCUUCCAAUCCAUGAACAUGGGAUGUCUUGCCAUUUAUUUGUCUUCUUUAAUUUCAGCAAUAUAUUUUUUUUUGUACAAGUCUUUCAUUUCCUUAAGUUUAUUGCUAAGCAUUUUUUUUUCUUUCUGAUGCUAUUAUAAAUGGAAUUGUUUUCUCAAUUUCCUCUCCAAAAGUUCAUUGUUAGCGUUUAGAAAUGCAACUGAUUUUUAUGUGUUUUUUUUUGUAACCAGCAACUUUGCUGAAUUCAUUUGUUAGCCUGAACAGGUUUGGGGAACAGGGG